CUUCCUUUCCCGGAAGCGGAACCACGUCACCGGAAGUCACUCUUCCCACGUGCGCAAAGAGCAGCGGCACUGUCGACAUUUUAAAAAGGUCUCCGAAGCGCCAGCAAGUAAAGAUGGAGACGGAGAUGGAAAGCAGGAAGAGGGCGCGCCUGGAGGAGGAAGAAGUGAGGCGGCGCAACAACGUCUACAAGGUGGCGGUGGUCGGCGCGCGCUGGCCGGCCUUGAGAGAACUGGAGGAGAUGGUGCUCGGGACCGCGCAGGAGGAGGAAGAGGAAGAGACGAGGAAGAGUGAGGAGGAGGAGGAUGAUGAGGAGCUGGUCCAAUCAGAGGCGUCCCCUUCGCAGCCUCCGCCAAUCAAACGCGCGGCUUGGCUUGAUGAAGAUGAUGAGCUGGAGGAAGAGGUGGACAUGAAGCAUCGUUUCCGUAGCAACCUGAUGAGAGGAGAUGCUGAGUCAACAAUGAGUAAAGAAAAAGUUCAGCAGAGGAUGAGAGAAGACUUCCAGAAGUCGAUGGGCGGAGCUCCAUCAUGGGCGGUCAGUGGUGGCAGGAAGUCUCCAACAGAUGAGGAGGAGGAGGAGGAGGAAGGUAACCAAGACGACCUGCUGAAGAGGACAGGAACCUUUGUGGCGUCUUCAGACAGUUUACCAAGUGGCAUUCUCAAAAUGAAGAAAUGUCUCCAUGCCAACGCCGCCCGUCCAUCAGAGGACAGACUGUCGUCGGUGCAGUUCCACCCGUCGGCUCAGGUCGUCAUGACGGCGGGCCUGGAUUGCUCGCUGUCGCUCUUCCAGGUGGACGGCAAGACCAACCCCAAGAUCCAGAGUGUCCACCUGGACCGCUUCCCCGUCCACAAGGCAUGUUUUAGUUGCCAUGGCGACGCCGUCAUCGCCACCAGCCUGAAGAACAAAAUGUUCUACGUGUACGACAUGAUGGAGGGGCGGGUCACACCUGUUCACGCCGUCAGAGGGCUGAAUGAGGGCCGAGUGAAGGAGUUCUCAGUGUGCCCUGAGGGGGGCGCUCUGCUGCUGACUGGAACCAGAGGAUACCUGCACACACUCACACUCAAGACCAAGGAAGUGGUGAGCAGCGUGAAGAUGAACGGCGAGGUGAGCGGCGUGGCGUUUAGUCACGACGGCAGCAAAGUGUUUGCUUCCUCAGAGGAGGGGGAGGUGUACGUGUGGGACGUGCGCACCAACCGAUGUCUCAACAAGUUCUUGGAUGAUGGCUGUGUCAGAUCCACCUGUAUCGCCACCUCUCCUAACGGCCACUACCUGGCCUGCGGCUCGCAGGCGGGCGUGGUCAACAUCUACUCGCAGGAGGCGUGUCUUAACUCGGCCAAUCCCAGGCCUCUAAAAGCGGUGAUGAACCUGCUGACCUCGGUCACCUCGCUGACCUUUAACCCCACCUCCGAGAUCCUGGCCAUGGCGUCGCGGGCGGAGGACGAGGCGGUGCGACUGGUGCACCUCGCCAGUCUGAGUGUCUUCUCCAACUUCCCCGUGUCCAAGAGGAAGUUCCUGCAUCGCACCUUCAGCAUGCACUUCUCUCCUCACUCCGCCUUCUUCUCAUUGGCCAACAACAAGGGACACGCCCCCCUCCUCAGGCUGCUCCACUACAAGAGUUUCUGAGGAAGAAGUGGUGGUCACAUGACAAGAUGAUGAAUAUGGCGCCAUGUUUGUUUUCAAUCAUUUGUAAUAAAAAGUCAUUAAAUUUU